AUGGCUCUAACCGCUGACCAAGUCUUUGAUAAAAUCGGAAGCUUUGGCCGCUUCCAGCUUUUGAUGCUCUUGAUGUGCAACAUCCUCGAAUGGUUUUGGUUUGGAUGGCCUGUUUUACUGAUGACAUUUAUUGCAGCUGAACCUAGUUGGCGGUGCGUCAACAGCGACAUUAACCAAAGAAACAGUAGCCUUGGUAACAGUAGCUUUGGUAACAGUAGUCUUGGCAACACUGUCGAGUGCCCUCUUAAAGGAACCAUGUCACCAGGAGGCAAAAACUACAACUUCCGUUGUAGUAUUUCCAGAAAGUCGUGGGAAUUUGAUAAUGAUUAUACCUCCGUUGUCACGCAGGUAUUUUACGGAAGGCGAUUUUAGUAUAGGUAAUAGCAUGAUUUGUAGUGAUAUUUGGCAUAAAUACCACAAGUGAUAUUUCAAAAUGGUUAUACAUAAUUUCACGAGCCGUUAAGCGAGUGAAAUUUGAGACAAUUUUGAAAUGUCACGAAUAGUAUUUAUGCCAAAUAUCACGUACAAAUCAUGGUAUUAUUUGUUUAUACUACUACUCACAAAAGGGUUGUAAUUUUCACGUGUAGGUAUUUCAUAUUAAGCUGAAAUACCACUGCUCUAAGCCAAUAAAAUUGCAGAAAUUUCUCAUGUAGUAGUAUAAUGAUAUUAAGAUAUAAUGCUUAAGCAGUAAUUAAUACUGCGUGUGAGCCAUAGCGCGUUGACCUCUACCCUUCGCCUUCUGGGGGUUUAAUAGACCGUCUUUAGCUUGUGUGUAUGUUUUGUUUUCCCAAUACUCGCCAAGAGAUACUCUUUCCUUCAAAUUCAGCCUUAUUCACCUGCAUAUCUGCGCACAAUCAGUUACGCCGAAAAGAGAAAGUGUCAGGUUCCCCUAGGACAUCUAUUGGGAAAACCAAACAUCUAUUAUGGCUCUAUACAUGCAGAUGACUAAACGGAAUUUAAAAGAUUUCUUUGUAGCUUGGGUUGAAAUGUUUGUUUUCCAUUUGAUGUCAGUCAUUUCUUUCAAAUUCACCUUAUUGCGCGUAUGAAUGCAUAUAAAGCUCAGUGAAAUGGUAAGAAAUUAUUAUUUAUUGUAAAUUAUUAUUAUUAUUCGUUUUCAGUUUGAUCUAGUAUGCGAUAAAGCCAUUUAUGGAACAGUAUCGUCGUCUUUAAUCUUUGUUGGCUGGAUCGUGGGUGCUCUCAUUGCUGGAGUAUUGGCUGACAAAUUUGGACGAAAGAUCAUUGUCUUCUUCUUUGGAUUCUUUAUUGGUGUCUUUAGUCUGCUGUCCGCGUUCCCAAAUGUCUACUGGCUGUUUGCACUGUUUCGCUUCUUGGUCGGCCUUGCUAUAGGUGAGUAUUUAUUCUCCAUUUUCGCAUUGGGAACUCUAACGCAGUAUUAGCUAUAUCAUAAUCCGCUACUAUUUGCCUGUGUUCCUGAGUCUUUACGAGCCUUUUUGGAAGAGAUUUGAAUACCAAAGACGAUUUACCUUGCCGGUUUCAAAUGUUUCGUGUUUCGAAAUCACUUGGAUCCUGGUGAAACUUAGAAACCGCUCUGUAUACUCGAAUGAAUCUUCUGCAGUGACUGAUGAGUGUUAACGCGAAUACGAAUGCCCUAAAUAUGUUUAUCAAAUCCGGAAACAUUUAUUGAACCAGGAAAAUCUCUUCAGGCAAGAGAGUUCGGUUGUAGCGUAAAGCCUGGCUUCCUUAAACUAGCUUGAAAAAAAUGUUGCUUCCUCCUAUGUAUUUUUACAUUCCCGUAAGCGGCUAGCUGCAUUUACGGACACCUUUUUCCGCUUCCCGAGAGUGUCCGCUCACAAAAGCUUCCACUGCGAGUACAUUACUUUUUCUAUCUUUAUAUGUUUUUCCUUGUUUGUUUUGUCAGGUGGUGGGGGAAUGAGUUUAUUUGUUAUUCUCGCUGAAUCAGCGGGUCCUCGUCACCGAAGUCUUAUUGGGACAUCCCUCUGGUACUGUUGGACUUUGGCUCUCAUUGCCUUGGCUGGAGUCGCUUAUCUCAUAAGAGACUGGAGAAAACUCUGCAUAACUUCAGGGAUACCAGCCAUAGUAGUGGCUGCCUUCUGGUUGUAAGUUGCCUCAAUGUGUUUUUCAAUUCAAUUUGAUGAUACUAGAAACAGACAGACUGGAUAGUAAACGUUAUUGGUUAGCCUGUGACGUGAUCGAUAACGGUGCCCCACGGGGCGGGGGACUAUUUAAUAUGUGCCACCCUAAAGUGUUUGGUUUUUGCCCUAUUGAGGUCUGAAAACGGGUAUAGACUUUGCCCAUUUUGGUUUGGAAUCUGGUAUGGUAUUCGAGGGAACUACGGGAGUGUAUGAACGUGUUUGUCGUUUCAAUUCCAAAUGAAUGAGAAAGAAGGAGUAAUAUGCGAAAAUAGCCAUCGGCGUUUGUUUUACUGUUACGGUUGCUUACUACGGUGGCCCACAGGAGACAUGCUGCAAAUAAAAAAGGUGCUGUAAAAUAACUGGAAAGUAUGCACACGUACCGUUUUGAAAUAAAGCGGUGUUGACAGGCUAAACACCACCAGAAGCGUAUGGAAUUUCCGGCGUUUGAGUGGAUACAAUUAGCCGGAAAUGAAAUAUUUCUGCGGCACGGAAGCAGUGGGGAAUGGGGCGGUUUCAGUUGAAGUGUAGUAUGGGUAGAAUGGAGUGCUAGCGAGUUAUUUAUUUAUUUAUUUAUUUAUCUAUUUUUAUAUACUUGAUUUACUUAGUGACCGAUCAAGUUUCGCGAGGGUUUAAGCUCGUUUUCGUUAUUUUUCGUUUGUUUUAGAACAAUUAUUUUGAAUUUACCGUGCUAUGUUGGAAUACGUGCUUGGUAAAUGUAGGUCGAGACCUUCGAGCCGUAAAGCCUUCAAGCCUUCGUAGGAAAGGCUUUUCAGAGAAUGAGCCGUAGAUCCUUCCCAGAUUUCCUGCCGAGUUUUUUCCCUACUGGUAUUUUUUUCUGGCCCCCGUUCUGAUACGUGAACCGCAUAUUUGGCAAUGUCCAUGCUCACUCGCUAACAUUCUACGCUAACAUUCAAUCAUAUUUCUUUAUGCUUAUAAAAUCACCGUGCAAUACGCUCUCGACAUUUAUUAGGGUGAUGUUACGCGGAACGAUUCACAACGACGAUUUUUAGCGCAACACAUCGUUGUCAUGUUAAAACAAUGUUGUAACUAUUCGAAACAAUGUCGCAACAAUGUUGCAACGCUAUAGCCUCCCACGCAGGCGUUUUUAGGGGAGCUAGUUUUUCAUCCCUUAAAAAUGCCUGCGUGGGAGGCUAGCACCGCUGUGUUGCGCUAAAAAUCGUCGUUGCGAAUCGUCUCGUGUAACAUCACCAUUAGGGAGCUUAAGAAACAACGACGGCGACGGCUACGAAAACUUCACUUAAAAAGUGAAGUCGCGCUGCUUCAAACUUUAUCGCACUUAUUCUAUCUUAUUCAACUCGCCAAAUCUUGGCAAUUUUUUUCUAGGGUUAAGUUCUAAAAGACUGUAUCGAAAGUUCAGAAAAAGAAGAAGGAAGUCGUUUUUUUAUUUUUACGUUCUCCACAAAACGUGAAAGUCGUAGUCAUGCAGUGACGGCAAAUAAAUGUACAAAAAUGCGUGAUGCACGUGCAAAGUCGUUGUGCAGUGACGGCAAAUAAAUGUACAAAAAUGCGUGAUGCACGUGCAAAGUCGUUGUGCAGUGACGGCAAAUAAAUGUACAAAAAUGCGUGAUGCACGUGCAAAGUCGUAGUGCAGUGACGGCAAAUAAAUGUACAAAAAUGCGUGAUGCACGUGCAAAGUCGUUGUGCAGUGACGGCAAAUAAAUGUACAAAAAUGCGUGAUGCACGUGCAAAGUCGUAGUGCAGUGACGGCAAAUAAAUGUACAAAAAUGCGUGAUGCACGUGCAAAGUCGUUGUGCAGUGACGGCAAAUAAAUGUACAAAAAUGCGUGAUGCACGUGCAAAGUCGUAGUGCAGUGACGGCAAAUAAAUGUACAAAAAUGCGUGAUGCACGUGCAAAGUCGUAGUGCAGUGACGGCAAAUAAAUGUACAAAAAUGCGUGAUGCACGUGCAAAGUCGUAGUGCAGUGACGGCAAAUAAAUGUACAAAAAUGCGUGAUGCACGUGCAAAGUCGUUGUUUUACCAAUCUAAACCUAUUUCUUUAAUGCCGUUCUUGUUGACGUCGCCUUCGCCGUUGCUUAAGCUCCCUAUUAUUCCUCCCCGGUCACAUAAACGAUUUUUUUAAAUGACUUUGCUGUUCCUGUGGUGGCACAGUUUCGAAUUUUAUCGAUUAUCAUACCUCUUUCUCAUUAUUAUUUUAUCACUUUUAUACCUUAAAGCAUUUCUCCAGAGUCUCUACGCUGGUUGUUAGUAAAAGGAAAGAUGGAAGAGGCUGAGAAACUAUAUACGAAAAUAGCGCGAAUUAACCGCAAAGAACUACCAGAAGAAGGACUGAAAAUAGACACUGGAGCAGACAUUACUACAAGGCUGGGUGAUGUGCGAGAUUUAUUCAAAACUAGAAGUCUCACAAAGACGACGUUAAUAUCUUGGGUUUGCUGGUGAGUUUUUCUUCAUUUAUCGACUUCUUCAAAGUUGCAUUUGUUCGACCUGACGAUUUUUGCAAAAUGAAGUGAUGAGUGUAGAUACUCUAAACUAUGGUAAUAAUUCACUGUUACCUCGAGUAGCACGGGGCGGAAUAGUCGGUUGUAGCCGCUGCCAAAUGCCUCCACCUCCAACCUCCUUCCAACAUGGGGUUUUUCUCGAAUUUUAUAAUAUUUAAGAAAGAUUUCGUCACUAACAAAUAUAGCAAGGAGAUAAAAGUGUCACUUAACGGGACGUGGUGCUGGUAAGCUCCUCGUUUUCAACCUGUUCAUAUUCAACCUGUGUUUAAUGUAAAAAGACCAUUGAAUACGGCUCCUGUCUAAUCUUGUUAAAACGCUCUGGUUGUUUAUAUAACAAUAUAUAACUAUUAACCAUCAUAGCUUACAGCAUUAAAUAAAAGGACUGCUCGAUACUUUCAUUUGAAUGAUUAACCCACAAACCCAAAAGCUAUCUGGGGGAGCAACCUCGGACACCAUAGUACAAAGAACAACAAAUAUAUCGAUUUUAUUUCCAGUACAAAUCAGUACUCCAAAGUAGGAACCUUUUAGUCCUACUAUUAGUCAGCUCUUUGUUCUCGAGCUCCCGACUAAAGACAGAUUAAGUGCUUUCAACCAAGUUUAGAUCUCACCUUACAAAUUAUAUUUUUUAACUUUUUCUACAGGUUUGUAAACUCUAUGGUGUACUAUGGCGUGUUUCUAAGCGCUCCUACUGUUGGUGGAAGCCUUUACCUAAAUUUCUUCCUAGCCAGUCUGGUCGAGCUUCCUGCGAUCCCAAUUGGUAUCUGGAUUUACAACAGGUUGAACACUACUGAAGUCUGUUUUUCGCAUUCGGCAUAGAGGCAGCGUGGUCGAGUGGUUAGAGCGCUAAACUAUAAAUCAGGAGGCCUGCACUGAGCUCAAAUCCCGCCCUGACACCAGACUGAAUUUGUUAUCGGGAGUGCUUACCAUUUGACAGAAAAAUUCGGUUGAGAUGCUGCAGAAUUGCCACAUCAGUUACGGUUUGAAUCCAAAAAAGGGGCAAAUUUGUGUAGCGUGAGUCUGGAACGGAGAAGGAACCGAGAAAUUGGUAAUAGUAAGCAACAUUCCGUUUGGUUCAUAUCAACCGGAAUGAACGGACUACCUCAAAACGCACUCCUCAAUUUUCGGUUGGAAUUUCCCAAAAGUGACCUUACCGUUUACCUUCCAUCUGGAAUUUCCGUAAUUUUCUGUCAAAUGGCAAGCACCCCGGUUAUCCAGAGGUCAGAUCAGUAGGCCACGCUUUUUAAAUAGCCAACUGAUUCGCCUCCUACCGUUUGACAUUCUAUACCUUGUUAUGUUCCAUUUCAAUUUGUUAGUUUCACAAUCCCUGAAGCCCAGUAAUGGAAGAGAAUAAUUAAGAAUAUAUUGUUACAAUGGAACCUCGCCUUAGGACCGGCCAGCCCGUUUAUACGACCACCACGUUAUCGCGCUUAUUCCAUCCAUUACAGUUCCUCAACUGCUGGCAAAUCAUUUUCUUGAGUUGAAUUCUAAACGAUUGUACCGAAGUUCGGGAAAAGAAGAAUAACGUUGUUGUCUCAGUUGUGCCUACUUUCUCCACAAAACGUGAAAUUAGGCAGUUUCAUGUCAUAGUCGUGCAGUGACGGCAAAGAAAUGUACAAUAAAGGGUGAUGUACGUGCAAAGUUGUUGUUUUACCAAUCUAAAUUAAACCUAUUGCUUUUAUGCCGUUCUCGUUGACGUCGCUCUCAUCGUUGCUUAAGCUUCCUUUUAUCCAACACAAGCCUAACCAGUGUCCACAUCUCCUUACUGUUGAGUUUGGGGAUCAGGGAGAAGGCGGGAACUGAGAAUAAACAAAUAAAGUUGUUUUUGUAUUACAGAUUUGGGCGAAAAAAGGGAGUUGUUAUUCCCAUGCUGUUAGCUGCUGUUGGAGCCGCAGGCUCAGUGCUGUUAACAACUGACGAUGAAUCGAACAAAGGUACUGUCAGUAUAGUGGAGCCCUAGAUGCCCGUGCGGACAACGGACAUCAUUCCUGUGUCCCGAGUCCAAACUCCCAUAUCCCGUCAACCCCGCUUUACGGAUACUAUCCAUCUGAAGACUGUCUAUGACUGAAUAUCCUAUUAGUGAAAACCUAACGGAAACGGUGAAUGACCUUCUUUAAGUUCCUGUCUAAUACUUAGUCCACCUGGCGAAGUCACAAACUAAACCCGUUGUUACGUAAUAAGCAAAGUCACGGAUUCCACUGUCGUGUUUCACCAUCAAUUCUUUAAAGGUAACUUUAGUCCGAGACUAAUAAAUGAUCGUGAGUUUUCUUUAGGCUGAAUUUGUUAAAGUUACAGUUAAGAAAUUGAAGAGCGUUCCCUUAAAAAAAGUGUCUGCUUUAGUCUUUAUACCGAUGUGUCCAUGACAUUUGUUUUUUGGUAGCUCGCUUAAUACGGACACCCGGAUAAUACGGACAGAAUGGCUGUGUGAACUAUGAAUUUUAAAAUCAAUUGCACAUCAAACGAUGGUGAGAUUUCUAAGGAUGAUAAGCUCAAUUUCAGACAUGCAUGAGACUGAUUCAAUCUUUUUUGUUCUUUAGGUUUUCUUGCCGGCAAAAUCUUCCUGUCGAUGGUAUGGGCUAAAUUCUGGAUAAUGAUUUCGUUUGACGGAGUGUAUAUAUACUCCUCCGAGUUAUUCCCUACCGUAGUAAGGUAUGUAUAGAAUGUAGAGGUCCACUGCUGGACAGAAGUUUAUACUAAUGUACAGUCGAAGCUCCACGUGCGGCCAUCUCUCGUAAGGGACCACCUCCCAAAACACUAACAUUUUACUAGACAAAGCCUAUAGUCAGAAUUUCUUGUGGACGACCACCUCUCGAAAGCAACCGUAGCCACUUUUUUAAUUUUACAAUUUUCCAUUGUUUUUAACCCUGUUUUGAGAGAUGGUCUGAUCUUGUUCGAUGUAUUAUGUUCGCUGCAUGUACUAUGAUACUUCUUUUUAUAUAAAGAGCGUUUUAUGAUGACAUGGAACUGCCACAUCAAUUAACUAGAACUAAAAAUUGCGUGCAACAAGUUCUCUUCCCAGAAGUAGAUAUAUGUCGGGAUCUCUUCUCUGGAGAGACUCCCUGUGACCUGAAUGACUUGAUUCCAGCAAGUGACUUCCUCACGUAAGCGAUCACGACCGAGUCUUGGCACUGACUUUGGGUGGUUGCUUACGGGCGUUCGAGAUGUUUUUUGAAUGAUGAGCUUACUUUAUUUCCCAGAAAUGUUGGUAUGGGUACGAGCACAACGGCUGCCAGGAUUGGCUCUUUUCUUUCUCCUUAUGUCGUAUAUUCGGUAAGUAACUCCAAUGCAAAAGAAAGUUAUUAAUUUGCAGUUGUCUGUAACCUCAGUUUAGUGGCUGUGCAUGUAAUCUUAAGAAACCAAAUGUUAGGAAUAUCAUCUCUGCUAUGUUUUUUGAACCCAGAAAUUAUUAAGCACAAAGAGUGUGUCUAUGCAAACUCCCAAAUAAUGCCAAUUGGAUUGAUGUACAAAUCCAUUGAGACCCAUGCCUUUUUGUUUCCAUAGCAACGCGCUCAUCCUAUCGUUCCAUACGUCAUCAUGGGCGUAGCGGCUCUAGUUGCCGGGUUCCUCUGCAUUUUACUGCCUGAGACCCGCUUCAAACCAACACUGGAAACUCUUUCUCAGACGCCAAGCAGUUACAGCACUCAAGAGGAUGGGAAAUAUACCGACACUACGGAAGGAGGGGAAAAGAAAGCGCUUGUAGAAAUUAAUGAGGAAUCUGGAACCGAGAAGCCAGGCAAAGACAGCAUCGAAGAAGAGCAGAAAGAUGAAAAUAGAGACGAAACGGAAGUGCUUAUUUCAGAAGUGGAAUAGCCGCCAUUGUAAAAUACAGUUGUAUUAGUAAUGGUAACAGGACUGAGUAGAGUCCAAUUCGGUCUGUAAUCAUGCGAGUGAUUACCGAGUGUUAUUUUUUCUCUUACCAAUUAAUCAUAACUUUAACAAAAUUUGUGUUAUAUAGGGCUCUUUUUUUAAAAUCAUGACAGGAGAAAUUCCAUUUUUUUGCUGGCAGCAGUGAAAAAAAGCCAUUUAAGCGGGCACUUGAUAGCGAGUACUGUCUAAUUACUUAGGCAUGAAGCGUACUGUCCUAUUAAAUUGUUCUAUUAAUGCUGAAAUCAGUGCAGUUGAUAGCCAAAGUACGUAGCAGAUAAAGGCUUUACUGAGCAGCUAAAUUUGAAAAGUGCGAGAAUAAUAUUCAGAUCAAGAGGGGUUAUCAUAAAGUAGAGAUCAGUGACGUAGCUAGAAUCCAGAGGAUUCAGAACGUAGCAGCGCGCUUCAUGUUCCAAGAGAGCUAACAUUGCCUCAUAACUCCGUCAUCACAUUCACCACAUUCAUGGCUGCCUGUUAACAACGUGUUAAUUUUAAGGUGUUAUCAAUAACUUUCAUUAAUGUCAGAUAGCUGCAGGACAGAACUAUAUUCGUUAGCAUUAAAUGAUUGAAUAAAGUACCAGAACUAAGAGU